AUGUCUCAACAACCUAAUGCUUCCUCUCCAAAGAAAGUGUCUCCCAUUUCCGACUCUGCAACACCUAAUGAGUCAACUAACCUUAAUCGAGUUCUCAAUGUAUCUCAUAUAAGGAUGAUUUGCAUUGAUGAUUUAAAGACUACAAAGCCAAGAACAUCACAUGCAAGAAGAACUAAGGAGGAUGUUCGUACUAAGGGCUCCGAUCCCUCAUCAUCCAACCCCCGUCCCUGGGAUAUCUGCCUGUUACAAACCGUGAUUUCGGAUCCUCCCAAGAGCAAAAGUGAUGAUGACGAUGUUCACACUACUGGUAGUGACAUUCACAUGACUGAAGAGGAGAAUAAUGAAGAUGUUCAAGAAGAUGCCGAUAAUACCAAUGUCACUGAGGAUGUUAAUGACAUUGGAAAUUCUGAAGCUGAUGAUAGUCCAAGGGCAGAUGUUGAUACAGGUACAAAUGUUGUGGAUUUAGAUGAUUACUCUGACAAUGAUUUGGUUGCUACUGUGAACCCUAGUGUAGCCAAAAGGCUCAUGACUAGGAGAAAAGGCAAAGUUGUGAUUCAGAAUUCUCCUGUGAAGAAGGCUGAUGUUAAAAGCCCUUCCAAAGACUCUGUUGUUCCAAAGAAGAGGAAGGCAAGAGCUGUUGAAGAAUCUGAGUCUGAUGUUGAAGUGAAUGUCCCUGACAUUCCAUUAAAGAAGCCCACAACUAGAAAGCUUGUUGCUAGUGUGCCUGAAGUUCCCAUUGACAAUGUAUCUUUUCACUUUGCUACAAGUGUAAAUAGGUGGAAGUUUGUGUAUCAAAAGAGACUGGCCCUUGAGAGGGAAUUGGCUCAAAAUGCUCGUGAUUGUAAGGACAUAAUGGAGUUGGUUCAGGCUGCAGGCCUAAUAAAAACUAUUGUCCAUAUGAGUAAAUGCUAUGAAAUGUUGGUGAAAGAGUUCAUAGUGAACCUCUCUGAAGAGUGUGCUGACAAAAGAUCUAAGGAAUUCAGAAAAGUGUUUGUAAGGGGCAAAUGUGUUAACUUCUCUUCCACUGUGAUAAACAACCUCUCAGGAAGGUCUUAUGAAGCUCAACCUGAGCUUGAAGUCUCUGAUAACAAGGUGUGCCAAGUUAUCACUGUUAACCAAGUCAGGAUCUGGCCUUUGAAAGGAAAAUUGUCUGCCAGUAAACUAAGCAUGAAGUAUGCAAUGCUGCAUAAGAUUGGGGCUGCUAAUUGGGUGCCAACAAAUCACAAGUCUAAUGUCUCAACUGGAACGCAUGUCCCAGACAUUGUCAUGACAUCGGCUGAGACAUCCAAGAGUGGAUCAUCAGCCAGUAAAGCUGAAGUCAUAGCAAUGUUGAAAGAGACUUACAAAGAGCUUGAGGCAAGGAAGAUAUCUCUUGAGAAGAUGAUCAGCAAUCUAGAGAAGGACGGUAAUGAGGAUUUUGCAGGUGCUACGGGGAUAGAAGCACAAGAUGAAUAA